GUCAGCACCACCGCUUUUCUGGUUUCGGAGCUGAAGUCUGUGUGAAGCCGGGUCUCUGCUUUUGCAAGUCUUCGUGCUGUGCUUGGCCGGCAGUGUGUGAGGGAGAAACGAAUUCUGACGAUAUCCCGCCCUUGCUAGUACAGUGUUUUUGUGAAGGACUGCUUUCCUGAGUGGAAUCGGCACCCCUCUGGAACGGACGAGUGCUCACAGCCUCCGUCCUCAACUGUAUGUUGUUGCUGCUGUGUUGGACGUGAGGUUAUCCCUGGGGGACCUUCGGCAGCCAGAGCAAAAUGCCCGCAACAGGAAGUGGCGAGGGUGGCGAUGGCGACUCCAAGGCAAAACCCACCUAUAGCACUAGAGUGUUCAAGAAGGCCGCGCCCAAUAACAAGAUCACUGCAUACCUUGGUCGUCGCGACUUUUUCGACACUGGAGAGAAAGUCGACGUUGUCGACGGUGUUGUACUUGUCGACAGGGAGUACAUGAACAGAGAAACAGGAUGGAAAGUGUUUGUGCACCUUAUGGCUGCCUUCCGGUAUGGCCGUGAAGACCUGGAAUCCAGUACUGGAUUAAUCUAUAAAAAGGAUAUUUAUUCUAAAUAUUUCCAAGUGUAUCCUCCCCUUGAAGAGAACAAGAAGAUCACACGCCUGCAGGAUCGCUUGAUCAAGAAGCUUGGUGACAGUGCUUACCCCUUCUUGUUUGAGCUUCCCCGUCAUUUAGCAGCAUCCGUCAGCAUCCUGCCGGCUCCGAAUGAGAAUGGAAAGCCGUGUGGCGUGGACUAUCAACUCACUGCCUUUGUUGGCUUCGGCAGCGACGACAAAGUCGACAAGAAGAAUUCUGUUCGCAUGGCCAUCAAGAAGCUGAAUCUUCUUAGUGAUAAUCAUCGAAAGCAGCCCUCAAUUGACCUGAAGAAAGACUUUGUCCUCAGCAACUACCCAGUGUGCAUUGAGGCACGACUCGACAAGGAGCUCUAUAUCCAUGGCGAGGAGAUCAAGCUUUUCCUCAACAUUGACAAUCGGUCAUCCAAGACCCUAAAGAACCUUGUCGUUGAAAUCAAGCAGUAUGCCGAAAUCACGGUCGGUGGCAUCAGCGCCGUCUACAAGUCAUUGGUUGCGCAGAUUGACUCAGAGGUCGGUUUCCCCGUCAAUCCCAGCAGUCAUAUGUCACAGACUUACUCCCUGACGCCGUCGAUGGACUGCAAUACACGGCAAGAGACUAAGCGUGGCUGUGCCCUCGAUGGUCAGUACAAGGUUGGCGAAUCGAACUUGGCUGCAUCAUCCGUGAUGAGUGAAUGUCCCACUCCAGAAAUGAAAGAAGCACAGGCCAUCGUGGUACAGUACAAACUCAAGGCUAAGCUGACCGUUGUCAGAGGAACUGAUAUCAAGUUUGACCUGCCAUUCCGCCUCGCACACAACCGUCCCACUGAGCCCGUGUUCGUACGGAAGAGUGGCGAGGGUGCCACACCGCAGUACGUCAGCGUCAACCAGACCGAGGCUGCUAACCUGAUGUCCACUAUGAGCGAGUACACCUCACUCAAGAAGCCCACUGCCGCCAGCUCUUCAAGCACCAAUGUAGCGUCGUCUGAUGUCUACGCUCAGCCAAAAAAAUUGAAUGCCGAGAAGAAGGGCUCAGCUGGUGGUCGUAUCUCUGCACCGCCUUCCGCUACGUCAGCAGUGACUGUGAAGCGUCCAACAUCCCAACCCUCCGCUGUGCAGCCACAGCAGCAGCAGCAACAACAACAGCCUGCUGUCGCUAACGACCUCAUCGACCUCAUGAUGUUUGAUCCAACGAAAUCUGCCGCCGCCGCUCCUGAAGCCACUGAUUACGCUAACGUCACACUGGAUCCGCUGUUUGGACGUGGUGCACCCGCUGCUCAAGCAGCUCCUGCUGCUCAGCAAAUGGCUCAGCAAGCACCCGUGCAGAACUUCAUGCAACAGCAGCCGCAACAGCAGGCUUUCGGCCAACCCCAGCAGCAGUUCAUGGCACAGCAACAGCAACAGCCCUUCGGUCAACCAGCAGCGCAGGCAUUCAUGCAGCCUGCUGUCAAUCCCUUUGGCGCCCAGCAGCAGCCGCAGCAGCAGAUGUUCAUGCCAAUGCAGCAGCAAGUUGCCGGUAUGCAGCAGCCAGUUGCUGGUAUGCAGCAGCCAGUUGCUGGUAUGCAGCAGCCAGCUAUGUUUGGUGCUCAACAACCUUUGCAGCAACAGAUGUCUUCUUCGAAUCCCUUCGCCAUGCAACAGCCGCAGCAGCAGCAGCAACCAUUCAUGGGCCAGCAAAACUUUAUGGGAAUGGCCCAGCCUCAGCAACAACAGCAACCGCAGCAGUUUGGUGCCGGUUUUGGUGCAUUUGGCGCCCAACCGAAUAUGAUGCAGCAACAGCAAAAACCCAAAGCAGCUGGCAACGAUGACGACUUCUUCGAGGAGUUUGUGAAUAUGAGAAUGGACGGAAGUGAGGCGUAGAGGUUCAACUCACUUGUAUAUAUUUUGAAAUUAUUUGUACUGCAGCCAUGUAGAUGUACCGGCACGUCACAUGACAGCUACAUGGUUAUGUAUUUUUAAUUUUGAUCAUACAUCUACAAUCAACAUAAUCAUUGUGUUGUCACAUGUUAUUGUGGCUUUAAGGCCGUCAUGACUCAUCACACUACAUUAUCUGACUCCCGUUUAACGUCUACGUCUACGGUAAAAAAUAUCCGAAACGGGUGGUCGUGUCGUCAAACUGGAACAGUUCUUGACUCGCACACGCCGUCACGUCUUUGGAGAAAUUUGAAAAAUGAAACGCACUGUGUCUGCUGUACAACACUGUCUACACAUGGCAGUGUCGAGGUAGAUCUACACAUUCCCUUUUGUACUUGACGGUCAAACCCCAUCUUCAA